AUGAUACUCCUGUGGAACACUAUGGAAAGAAAUCAUCGAAAAAAUCCGAUAUUAAAUGAAAAACCUAUUCAAUCGAUUCCUAUACCACCAUUGACAUCUCAAUUAAAAGAACCAGUUCCUAAACAAGUUAAAAUACUUCCUAUAUUAACUGAAAAGCCAAAAAAAAAAUCUAAGAAAAAGAAAAUAACUGAAAAACAAGAACAAUCAUCAAUAUUGAAAUCUAAAUACAAAGGAGAACCUAGUGAUUAUAAAGAAUUAUUAUCACCAGCUGAUGAAGAAGAAAAUCAUCUAACUUCUAUACAUCUUCCUCCUCCUGCUACUACAGAAAAACCUAAGAAAAAGAAAACUAAAGAAAAAAAAUCAUCAUCAGAAACAACAGUAGAUACAAAUACUUCUGCGCCACUCUUAUUGGACAUUAUGACGGAUGAUAUUCAUCCAACAAAUCAACCUGAGCAACAAUACAAUGAACAAGAUACUUAUAAACUAGCUGCUCAAUCUGACAAUUUGACAAUUGAAUAUUCGAUUAAUCCGAAUCCAUUAAUAGCUCAACUUGAUAUAACAUUUCUUUUAAAAAAUCGAACAUCAUUUAUUAUUGAUCAUAUUAAUAUUCAUGUUAUUGAUAGUAUGAGUUUGAAAUUAUUAAAUACAACAAGUACAAAUUUAAUAUCACUUCCAUCUAUAAAUCUUUUUCCUCAUUCACAAAAUUAUAUUCAUAUUUAUUUUUCAAUAAAUGCUAUAUCAUUUUCUCAAAAAUUAAAAGUAACAUUAACUUAUUCUAUAAAUGUAUGUUGA